AGCGGAAAACUAACAACGCCAUCUGAGGAGAAGCGGAAGAAAUUUCUAGGUCUAGAUUAGAUUAGUAUCGUAAUCGUAUCGAUAAAAACUCAUUCAAACUUAUGGAAAUUCUACUGGAGUAGUAUUGUUAAUGUUAUUUUCCCUCACUCGCACAAUUCACAUAGUCUUUCUUUGCGAGCACCUACGCGAGUCACUGUAACAAUACGCAACAUACAAGAACUUUACUGUCCAAGAUAAAGAUUGUAAGAACCCGGGCAACAAGAAAUUCUGUAUCUGUAGUAACCACUUGCUCUCUAGAGCCUUCAAUUUGACAAGACGGAGUUUGUCUCGUCGUGGGGGCAGCAUUUUACUAUUAUAUUAGCAACUUUACAACUACUAAAUAAGAACGUUUUUUACUUUAUUUUUACGUGAGCCAUCUGAUACCACAAAGCACAAUAAACCGCUGAAAGUGAAAGUACUUAAUCGAAGAACAAAUCAGGAUGGACCCCCAGAUCGCCGACCUGCAAGGCGAGUGGCAGCACUCCAUGGGUGGUGUGGUUCACGUCAAGUUUACCAAGGUCUUCUAUGACAAACACACUUUCGACAUUGAGAAGCUCCCGAGCGACCAGUGGGGCUUGAAAGUCGGGACCUACUACUUGAGUUGCAUCCAGUCCUCCGCCGAGGGGGUCACCCUGUCUUUCGUCCCCGAACGGGACCGAUUCAGCCAUCUUUUUGGCGCAUCUAGCACGGCUUCCCCGUCCACGAUGUGCAGCUGGUUCCGCCCGCACUCCUAUUGCAAGAAAAAAUCCCUCCUCUGCAUAUCGAAAAGGAGAUUUGUGAUGCUGAUGUGGGGUCACAAAUCCUCUUUGUCUUGCCCAUCAUGGGGUAAUGGGAGCCUCCUUGUGGCGCAUUCUACAGCCAGUCUGUCGUGCGCUUUCGACUACUGCCAACCUGUUUGCCAUACCUGAUUGCUAGCCUUCUGCAUACCCGGCAAGCACUUUCUGCAAGACAAAGCCGAUAAUUUGUGGCGGUGGCCACAAAUCAGCAUCACAAAUUUCCAAGUUGAUAUGGGGAGGGGGGAUUUUUGAUUUUCCUCACAAUAACUCGUGGGCGCGCGGGAAGCGGGAGGCGGCGCUGCAGGCCGAAGCUACCGCGGAACGACGGAUCUUGGAGGAAGCGAAGGAGGAAAAUGAUGAUGAAAAAAUGCUGAAAACGACAAACGGUGAACAAGAUUUUUUACUCAUGAACGGCUCAUCUUCAACUACAUCUCCAUCUGUGAAAGCAACUUACAGUGCCGGCGCAUCAGCAUCAUCCACUCUUCCGGUCGUGGGCAAGAUCAUCAAAAAAAGCCGAAAAAAUUCAUCGAAGCAAAGCAACAACUCACCGGGGAACAAGAAGCUGCACAAAAAACCGAAAAAGCCGACCAAAAAAGACACUGGUUCUGGCCCAACUACACCGAAAAAUAUUAAACGCAAGGACAGCGGCAACAGCAGCGCGACCUCGGAAAAGAAAGGACAUCAAACCGAAAAGAAGAAAAAAAGUACAGGAAAGAACAACAGCGCUACUUCAACUUCUACCUCGAAUGUUGCCUCUUCUACUGGUACUACAAGUUUGAUGUGUGUUGAAGGACAAGGAGAACAUGAACAGCAGCAGCCAUCUACUUUUUCAUCUCCCGUUCUCGGUGCAUUGCCUAGUACGACAUCACUAGCGUCUACUCUUUGUCCCACGCUAUCUGCAGGAGCCCAGAUUCUUGAGACCUAUUAUAAGCAGGAAGAUCAGGAUCAAAUUCAAACUGGAAGGGCGGUGUUGUGUUCUACUGCAGUACUAGUCCAACGACCCCGACUAUCGCAAGAAAAAAGUGUUACACUUACAGUUACACAUAGUGUUGCAGGAGCCGCAAGACAGACAACCUUUGUCAUGCAAGAAAUGCAUCCGAACUUCGUUUCGUAUGUGUUUUCCCUUAGGAAGAUCUCUGCAUCGCAAGUUUUCUCUGCAACACAGAGAAAAUUUGUGUUGCUGAAGUUGCAAUAGAUGUGUCACUGUAGCACUUUUUUCUUGUGAUACUGACGACCAAAUGCGGGACAACAUGACCUUCAUCAAGCUAUUAAGAACGAGAACAGUAAUACAGCCAGCAUCGAUGGAGAAGCCAUGGACCAAGAAAAGAAAACGGAAGUGAACCAUGCACUGGUCAAGAACGAGAAGAGCGACCAAGAACGACCAAGUGGCACGAUCAGUGCUGUGGUCGUCCCAGUCGACAACUGGGAGGAACACAUGAAGCAACACGGACUCGACCCCAUCGCCGACGACUACAUGGUAUGCACUGCAAAUUUCGAUCUGGGUCUCGAGGAAUAAACUUGUGCUCGCUGCUGGUACUUGCAUCUACUUCGCCGAGUUGAUGUAGCCAGCACAGCUUGUGCUUGUCCGGCGUUUAUAACAGCAUCAGAAGUUUUUUGUUUAUUUUCCAGGCUUGUUGCAGAUAAUGCAUCCGUCAUGCACAUGGACAUGACAAACUGGCUUUCAGCGCGACAACAAACCUGGCUCCUACACGUAAGUAUUCAUAUCACUCCUGAUCUUGUUCUCCUAGAAGUCCUUGUCCUUCAAAUUUCGCAUGACAGACCCAGAGGAUAUAUUUGCAAUGCAUACAUGGCACCGCUCCCCUUUCGCGCAACCCUGGCCGCGGGUGGGUCGUAA